AUGUCCCCAUAUGCUCUGGUCUUUGGAAAAGCUUGUCAUAUGCCUCUCGAGUUGGAACACAAGGCAAUGUGGGCAUACAAAAAGCUGAACUUUGAUCUAGCAAGUGCGGGGAAAGUCCAGAUGUUGCAAUUGAACCAGCUAGUCGAAUGGAAAAUGAACGCCUAUGGAAAUGCCAAGUUCUAUAAGGAGAGAACCAAGAAAUGGGAAGUUGAAGUCCCUCUGGUCUGGGCAUUCCACAUCAAGACCAUCUUUCCCCAUGGCGCAGUGGAGCUAACAACUGAAAAUGGGAGCAACACAUUUAAAGUCAAUGGUCAACGAAUUAAGCCCUACCUUGGGGGUGAUGUGGAUCGACGCAUGGAAACCAUCGACUUAGGCAAGCAGGAUUAA